GUUUUUUUUUUUUUUUUUUUUUUUGGUAAUCUUUAUAUUUGGAACUUAAGAGUGAACAAAUGUUGAAUUUGCAGGAGUGUGCAAGACGGAGGGAGAUGAGGGACCGAGCACAGAGGAAGACACGCAGUCCUUCCACGGGGUCGGGGUGUGCAAGUGGUUCAACGUCCGCAUGGGCUUCGGGUUCCUGUCCAUGACCAACAGAGAGGGAGUGCCGCUGGACGAACCGGUUGAUGUGUUUGUCCAUCAGAGCAAGCUGCACAUGGAAGGUUUCCGCAGCCUGAAGGAAGGCGAAGCGGUUGAGUUUACCUUCAAGAAGUCAUCGAAGGGCCUCGAGUCGCAGCGGGUUACUGGACCGGGUGGCAUCCACUGUGUGGGCAGCGAGCGGAGACCCAAAGGCAAAAAGAUCCAAAAGCGCCGCUCAAAGGGAGACAGAUGUUAUAACUGCGGAGGCCUGGAUCAUCACGCCAAAGAGUGCAAGUUACCACCCCAGCCCAAGAGGUGCCACUUCUGCCAGAGCAUCGAGCACAUGGUCGCCAGCUGUCCAGUAAAAGCACAACAGUCCUCACCGGUUUCUCAGGGAAAACCGUCCCCCUUGAAAGGAGACGAGGAGGAACACAGCCAGCCGGCGCCACCUCCUGAAACCUCUGAUUAAAUGGGAGAUUGAGCCUCGCCGAAGCACAGAAGCCAAUCAAAUUGCUUCGACAGUUGAGAGAGGGGACACAAUUCUCCUCCCUAGCUGUUGAAGCUGUUUUUGGAAUUCCCUCAGGUUAAAAACACUCAUGAAGAAUGUUUUCUUUAUUAUUUUUUUAUUUGGUGUAACAUUCAGGAAUAAUGCUUCAUUGUUGCACUCAGGAAGUUUAAAUGUAUGAAUUCUUGCUACCAGGAAAGGUAUUCCAAAAACAUUGGAAUACAUAGAGAUAAUACUGAAUGGUAUUCACAGGCAUUUGCAGAUUUCUUUUCUGUAACUGCACUUCCCUUGUGAGCUGUAUUAAUCAAUUUUGUUUGCAUUAUACUCAAUGUGUUGAGAAUAGACCUAAACUUUUGCUGCCUUACUAUUCAGUAUCCUUCCUGACUGUUACACCUUUCUGUCGACAAAGCACAGAUGUACCGGACAGUGUCCCUGUGAUGAAUGUUAGCUAAUGGGUUGUGUGGGGAG